AUGACUGCAGUUACAUGCAAGGGAAUUACUUCGAAGGGCAACCAGUGUAAGUUGCCUGUGAAAAAUCACAACUAUUGUCGACAUCAUAUAAAUCAAGAUCAGUUAAACAAAAGUUCGGCAGUGAGAAGAUCCUCGCCGAAGAAAAAUGGGCAUGAAAAGAGUGGCUUCAUCUACGUUUACACUCUCCGCCUGCUUUUGGACAAAAAAGGGAGAAAACUGUGGCUCAAGGUCAGAAAUUUACCUGGUGUCGGAUCUAAGCACCGAGAUGAGUGGGUAGAUUUUAAUACUAGAAAAUCGUCUUUCAUAAUAAUAAAGAUUGGUAUGACCACGCAUAGUGUGGCUUUCAGAUUGAAACAGUGGGAAGCGAAGUGUCACCAUGAACUAUCAGUGAUGCAUCCUAGAUCAUUGGAGUCCGAUAGAGGAUCAUUGAGCCGUUUAAUCGACAAAUUGAGGAACUUAAAUAUACAAGAAACGCGGAGGCUUCAAACAUAUAGGCAUGAAGAUAGUGGGUUCCAUUGCAAAAAAUCCCUUCAGUAUGUCGAACUGGAAGUACAUAAAAUAAUGAGAGCGAAAUAUGGUUAUGGAGAUGUUCUCUGUCUGGGGUGCAAUGUUAGUGAUGGAAUAAAGAAAACCCCUAAAGGAUCUGCGUUGACUGCUUCGAAGAACCAACGCGAUCAUUUCUCUGACGGAUACAACAUUCAUAUUGAAUGGUUCUUAAUUCCCAGAAAAGAUCUAGACUUAGUUUUAAACAUGAUUGAUUCAGUGUGCUUCCAACUUGGGAAUUGA